AUGGUCCAAAGACUAUUGCCUCUUUUCGGGACAAAUAAAAAAAACACAUUCGCGCCUUUUCUUACUGUCAUCAAACAAAACUGUUGAGGCGAGUUUGAUUUUAUUUCUGUUGUGUUAUUUGUAUAAAAUCUGUUUUUCCAGAAUCUAGAAACAUGGCAAUGAGAGAUUAUGCAGCUGACAAAGAGGCUUUUAAAAACUUCUUCAUAGACUUUUGUCAAACUGAUGAGGAGGGUCACAAACUCUUCAAGUAUUCUGAACAGCUCACUAAAGUUGCGCACAGAGAACAGGUAGCAUUUGUUGUGGAAUUGGAUGAUCUACAUGAAGUUAAUGAGGAACUAGCAGAAGCAGUGUGUAAGAACACGCGUCGCUACACCAACAUGGUGUCUGAUGUCGUGUAUGAGAUGCUACCCGAUUAUAAGCAUAAAGAGGUGGUUGCUAAAGAUGCCUUGGAUGUUUAUAUUGAGCACAGAAUCAUGUUGGAAGCUAGAAACCAUAGGAUACCAGGAGAAAUGAGGGAUCCCAGGAACAGAUACCCACCAGAACUUAUCAGGCGUUUUGAGGUGUAUUUCAAAGAUUUAUCCACAUCAAAGUCAGUUCCAAUUAGAGAAGUGAAAGCUGAGCACAUCGGCAAACUUGUCACUGUAAGAGGUAUAGUAACCAGAUGCACAGAUGUGAAGCCACUACUAGUGGUAGCAACCUAUUCGUGUAGUGCCUGUGGUGCUGAGACCUACCAGCCUGUGCGAGCGCUCCAGUUCACGCCUCCCCCCGCGUGCACUGCCGACGAGUGUCGCGUCAAUAAGACUGCGGGACAACUGCAUUUACAAACCAGGGGCUCACGGUUCCAGAAGUUCCAGGAAUUGAAGAUUCAGGAGCAUUCAGACCAGGUGCCCGUGGGUCAUAUCCCACGGCAGUUGUCGGUGUACUGCCGCGGUGAGACCACGCGUCGCGCGCAGCCCGGCGACCAUGUGGCCGUCACCGGUAUCUUUCUGCCGCUGCUCAACGCCGGUUUCCGACAGAUCGUGCAAGGGCUUCUCUCCGACACAUACCUUGAAGCGCAUGGCGUAACAUGUCUGAACCAAAGCGACGAGAGCGAAAUGGCAGAGGCGCUAACUGAGGAGGAGCUGGCGGAGCUGGCCGAGGAGGAUCUGUAUUCGCGGAUGGCGCGCAGCCUCGCGCCCGAGAUAUACGGACACGAGGACGUCAAGAAAGCGCUGCUGUUGUUACUCGUUGGGGGGGUUGACAAACGGCCCAAUGGCAUGAAGAUCCGAGGCAACAUUAAUAUUUGUCUAAUGGGUGAUCCUGGAGUAGCGAAGUCGCAGCUACUCAACUACAUUCACAGACUGGCGCCUCGCAGCCAGUACACCACUGGCAGAGGAUCCUCGGGAGUCGGUCUCACCGCUGCUGUUUUAAAGGACCCGUUUACCGGUGAAAUGAUGUUGGAGGGCGGCGCGCUGGUGCUGGCCGACCAGGGUGUGUGCUGCAUCGACGAGUUUGACAAGAUGGCCGACACCGACCGCACCGCCAUACACGAAGUCAUGGAGCAGCAGACCAUCAGCAUUGCCAAGGCGGGUAUAAUGACAUGCUUGAACGCGCGCGUGUCGAUCCUGGCGGCCGCCAACCCCGCCUACGGCCGCUACAACCCCAAGCGCACCAUCGAGCAGAACAUACAGCUGCCCGCCGCGCUGCUCUCGCGUUUCGACCUGCUGUGGCUCAUACAGGACAAGCCCAAUCGCGACAAGGACCUGGAGUUGGCGAAGCACAUCGCGUACGUGCACCAGCACUGCACGCAGCCGCCGUCGCGCACGCGCGCGCUGCCCAUGCGGCUCGUGCGGCGCUACGUCGCGCUCACACGCCGCAAGCACCCCGCCGUGCCAACCGCACUCGCUGACUACAUCGUCUCUUCGUAUGUGGAGCUGCGCCGGGAAGCUCGCAACGCCAGAGACGUCACAUUCACAUCAGCGAGAAAUCUUCUAGCUAUUCUGCGUCUGUCGACAGCACUAGCACGACUUAGGUUGUCAGACAUUGUAGAGAAAGAAGACGUCUCAGAAGCGAUUCGCCUCGUGGAGAUGUCAAAACAGUCGCUGCAACAUGUUGAAGAGAAUGUGCAGAGGGGCAUAACUUCAACGGACCGCAUAUUCGCGAUAGUGCGCGACCUGGCCGGCUCAAACAAGACUGUCAAGAUCGCUGACGUCAUCGAGAGGUGUGUCGACAAAGGAUUCAAGCCUGACCAGGUGGACGCGUGCAUCGAAGAGUAUGAAAAUCUGAACGUAUGGCAAGUGAACCAAGUGCGAACCAAGAUUACCUUCAUGUGAGGAUCAUGCGACGAUCUGAGCGAACUGUUCGCUUUAGUUGUAAGGACGUGUACGCGAGUCUGAUAGUGUAUAAGUAUUGAGAUUGAAUGUUUUACAAUAAAGACUUUUUUAUAAUUUUUCUUACUUUA